AUGUCCAUUGGCAUUGAUAACCUCCCGCUACCAACCCCACCGCCCGCCCUCAUCCACUCACCCACCGCACUAGCACUCCAGCCCUCUAGUCCUCCAGCACUCCAACCCCGCGACAACGCCGGUCAUACAGUCUCACUCGUUCGCAACCCGUCACUCGCCGCUUCUGCAUCAUUCUGCGGCGUGCUUCCACCGCGUGCUGGCCGGGGAGUGAGACACGCGGUGUGUGCCGCGGGCCCCACGCAGUGGUUGCUGCGGCGUGUUUGUGCGGACCCGACCAACGCCGCCGACUCCCCGUCGCCGGAUGGAAAUCUACUCCCCCGAAAACAGCAGACACAGAGUAACACCACGAGUAGGAUUACGACAAUCCCGAGUGGGGAUGUGCGGCCUUCUCUGCAGCGGAGCUGGCAUCAUAAACUGUCACUCGGUGAGUCAUGA